AUGUCUUCUUCCGAGCUCGGAACUCCAACUCUGAAGUCGCAGCUCUCAAGCAACGUCACCACCUCUCCAAGAAUCGCAGAUUUCCAGCCUGCUUGGAUCCUCUCAUCUAUCAAUGCAUCAAGUUCAACUAGUGGUCUUUUGAAGAGACGUAUUGCAGAGUUGGAGGAGGAAGUGGUCGUGUUGAAGGGCACUCAAGUCAAGCAUUGUGUCCGGAGUGCCGAGGAUGAGCAGGCUGAAAAGAUUGAACUAUCUAGGUCCCCUCCUAACAGUAACUCUGGGAAGCGAUUGGCAGCGAAGAGGGAGGAGCAGGAGGGAGAUCAUACAGUAUAA